AUGCCCAAAACUAAACCCGUAUCUGUAAAAACAAUAAAAUUGAAAAGACGAAAAAACAUUCAUUAUUUUGAAACUCUAGAAUUUAAAGAAAAACUCAAACUUUCAAUUGAAAAAAAUUUUUCUGAUUUUUUUUCUAAUAGAAAUGAUUUAAAUUUUAAGCUUGCACUUGAACAACUUUUAACACCUUGUAAAAAAACCAAAAAAAAUCAAGAUAAAACUCCAAAGCCCCAAAAUGCAUUCAUUUUAUAUAGGAAGGAUAUUCAAAGCGAAAUAAUAAAAGAAAAUCCAAAUAAAAACCUCGUACAAAUAUCAAAAAUCAUUGCAAAUCGGUGGGAUAAUGCUCCAGAUGAAACAAAAAAUCAAUAUACUAUAUUAGCAGAUCUUUGCCAGAGAGUUCAUCGUGAUAUAUUUCCAGAUUAUAAAUUUAUGUCAGGAUCGGAAGAAAGUAAAAAAAAAGAACCUAGUAUGAAGCCUGAUGAAUUAAUAAAGCCAUGGUCUAUAUUACCAUCCACUAUAACUUUCAGUGAACCGAAAUCUUCUCAGAAUGGAAAAAAUAAUCCAGUCAAUAGUGACUUUUCUCAAGGAAAUUCUCAAGGAAGUUAUGAAUCAGUAGACAUGCAACAAGAAGCACAGUUUGUUACCGAAUCGCAGUAUUUAAGUCCUAAUUUAGAACUUGGUGAGUCAUUUCAGAUGAACGAACAAAUCGAAUCAAAUCAUCUUACUUAUCUUAACUAUGAAAUGCAGUCAACAGAAAAUUUACCUUUUAAUUCAAUUGAAAAUGUUAUUAUGAACACAACUUUGCUACAAGGUUUUAAUAACAAUUCAAUUGCAACUUUAAAUCCCAACUCUUUCAUAUUAGACACAACUCUUACUUUUUGUUCAUUAGAGCCAACAUAUGAACAAUUAUUUAAUAUUUUUGCGUUUAAUAAUUUAGAUAAUUUGAAUGCUCUUAAUAAUAUGGAUAAUUUGAACUAUCUGAAUCAUUUGAAUGGUUUAAUUAAUUCAUUGAAUAUUGGUUAUAGCACAUAA